AUGCCACGACGACUGCAUGCCAGAGGGCCUCCACGGGGAAGGGCCACGACGGAGCUGCUCUUUGCAGGACCCGGAGGAGCGGCUGUAUUGACAACCACACAUUACCAUCCCUCGUUUUUGACGGCUCAUCGUCGUUGCCAUUCUCUAGCCACCUUUACAUGCUCUCGCCCAGGGUCGUCACUCUCGGCAGGAGGCCCUAACGCGGGAGCGGGGGAAGAUAGCCCACAGCCUCCAGUGGGUCCCCGCGUGCAGGCUGUGCUGGAGCAGCUGCAACAGCUGACUCUUCUCGAAGUGUCGGAGCUGGUACGGCAGUUGGAGAGGGUUUUUGGGGUGUCUGCGGCGUCUGCGCUAGGGGCGGCUGCGGCAGGGACAGCAGCAGCAGCGCCGGCUGGUGCGCAGAGUUCAGGGGACUCAGGAGCCUCGGCUGCUCCUGCGGCUCCCGAGAAGACAGCAUUCAAGGUCGUGGUUAAAGCUGUGCCUACUGCUAAUCGCAUUUCCGUGAUCAAGACACUGCGAAGUCUACGUUCAGAUUUAGGUCUCAAAGAGGCAAAGAACUUUAUCGACACGCUCCCCAAAGACGUAACCGAAAAUAUCGAGAAAGCUGAAGCACAGAAGAUCUUCGAUGCUCUUAAGGCUGCUGGAGCAGAAGUGGAAAUGGUUUAA